GCGGGUGCCCAAACCCCACAGACAGUCUGUCUUCAAUCAAAGCUGUAACCAAAUGAUGCGAAAAUGCAAAUGAUCUGCAGAAACGCUUCCUCCGCCAUGGCCUCUCUCCCUCUUCCUGGUUCUAGGACGGGGAGAAGCAUUGGUGUCUGGCCUGACAUGAGACAGAUUUCUGCUAGGAAGAAUCUAUUGUAUAUGUUUAUGAGACUCUUCUCAAUACCAUUCAAGACAUUGCGUGGAGCUAGCCGGACUCUUAGAGUUUCCCAUUUCUGUAGCAUGACAAAUGUGUCUUCCACUCUGCACAUAGAAUUGGUGCCAUGUUUAAAGGAUAACUAUGCAUAUUUACUGCAUGAUGUGGAUACGGGUACUGUUGGAGUUGUUGACCCUUCUGAAGCUGUGCCUAUCAUAGAUGCUUUAAGUAGUAGCAAUAGAAAUUUGACUUACAUACUGAACACACAUCACCAUUAUGAUCAUACUGGCGGGAACAUGGAAUUAAAAGCAAGGUAUGGGGCAAAGGUAAUUGGAUCCAGUACUGAUCAAGGAAGAAUUCCUGGCAUUGAUAUAGCACUGCGUGAUGGGGACAAAUGGAUGUUUGCAGGCCAUGAAGUUGUUGUCCUUGAAACUACAGGCCACACAGAAGGCCACAUAAGUUUCUAUUUCCCAGGAUCCAAGUCAAUUUUCACGGGAGACACGUUGUUUAGCUUAUCAUGUGGCAAGCUGUUUGAUGGAACCCCUCAGCAGAUGCUCUCUUCACUGAGAAAGAUUAUGCUGCUACCCAAUGAUACCAAUAUCUAUUGUGGCCAUGAAUACACUUGGAGUAAUUCAAAGUUCGCACUUUCUAUAGAACCUGGAAAUGAGGAGUUGCAAUCAUAUGCUCUCCAAGUCGCAAAUCUUCGCAAGAAGGGCUUACCCACAAUUCCAACCACCCUAGAGAAGGAGAAGCUAUGCAACCCAUUCCUACGGACUUUCAGUACGGAGAUCAGGAAAUCGUUAAGCAUUCCAGACUCUGCGGAUGAAGCUGAAGCCUUGAAGGCUAUCCGCCGAGCCAAGGACAACUUUUAGUAUAGGAUCUGGAUUCAUCAGUUGUUAAAGCAAGUGGGUCCCGUUCCCCUCCCACCCGGGUAAAUUUGUCACAUUUGUUGUCACUCACAACCACGAAUUUGUUCGAAUGUAUUGUAGCUUGCGUGUACAGGAAAAAAUGUCUUCUUCCCAUCCUCAUCCAAUAAAAAGCUAACAGAUUCGUCGUCUUUGUACAACAGAAGCUUUGGUUAUGCACCUAGUGCUUUUUAACUUCUCUGAACACGACAGGUAACAGAGUUUGGUUGGUUGAAUGAGCACUUGUCCGUUUCCUUAUUGCCUACUCCUGUCCCAAAAAGAUGUUUAUGUUUUUCUGUUGGUACGUCCCAAAAAGAAUAGGACGAGCUUGUUUUUAUAUUCUCUUUCCUCUGCGUCAAUCUCAACCGCAUAAUGUCACUUUAUAAUUAAAAAAAAUGUUUGGCCAACCGGGCGCAUUUGUUUGGGAU